UGUGUUUUUAAACACAAAUUAUUUCCGGUUGGUAUAAUUAUAUGUGGUUUCAGGAUAUCUGUGGUUUGGAACUGGAGAAGUAUCGCUUUAUUUUACCUGUUACUUUUGUAUCAUCUGAGUUUUGAAAAUGUUACAAGAUUCGGGGAAUCAUUCCUAUCUGGGGCUUGGGACCGGGGAAUUAUUGUUUUCUUUUAUUCUGUGAUCACCAGACUUUUUUAAAUGAUGGUUUUAUUUUAGAACAGUUUUAUGCUUACGGAGUUAUUGCAAAGAUAGUACCAAGUUUCUAUAUUCACCACACCCAGGUCAUCUGACUUUUGCAAAUGAUCUGGAGUUGGAGGUUUAGGGAUGGAUUUUCUGAGAGUUCGGGGUUAUCUGGGGGUUUUGGAUUUUCCGAGGUCUGCAUAUGAGGAUUGAUUUGGCUUGUGGGAGGAAGGGAUUGAUUAUCUGAGUUUUGUCAAUUAUCUGGAGCCUGAGAAUUCUCAAUGGUUUGGAGUAUCUUGAGUGUAGGAUUAUGUCACAUGGGCAAGGGACCGGUGUGCCCUGCCGCCCCUCCCCAACCCCGUCCACAUCCUCUUCUUUCUGGGUGUCUGGGGCACCCCUCUCCCGACAGCCGGAAGUGCCAGCUGCAGGCUCCGGACCCACGCCCCUCCCCUGGGGGGGUCUGCCUCCUCUCCUUGGGGGCUUUAUGUCUUUCUCUCCCCCACCUGCAGGUCCCGAAGGCUGUAACCUGUUUAUCUACCACCUCCCCCAGGAGUUUGGAGACACGGAGCUGACGCAGAUGUUCCUGCCCUUCGGCAAUAUCAUCUCCUCCAAGGUGUUUAUGGAUCGGGCUACCAACCAGAGCAAGUGUUUCGGCACAUUGUGCACCUACUGUGUGCCAGGCAUUGUUUCGGGUGCUGGGAACUUAACUGUGAAUGAAGCUGACAAAAAUCCCUUCGGCGUCUGGUAGAAUGCUCUCCAGUGAUGGAAGUGUUCUACAUUCGCGCUGUCUGAUAAGGGAGCCACCACUGCCAUGUGGCUACGGAGCACUUGAAAUGUGGUCUGUGCCACCAAAGAACUGGAUUUUAAAUUGUUAUUUAAUGUUAAUGAAUGUAAAUGUGAAUAACCACGUGUGGUCCAUGGCUGCCGAAUUGGGAAGCACAGGACUAGGGGAGGGGAUAGGAAUAAACAAACGUAGUGUAUAGGUCAGGGAGUUUUACAUGAUGUGAAGAAAAAUAAGACUGCUAAGAAAAUCAAGUCUGAUAAGAUUGAGGUGAACG